CCAAACAGGGGAGGCCAUCCUCGUGUACCUUAGAUCGACCAAUCAAAUAGUCUCAGCUGGUAGCGGUCGUUUUCAACAUAAAGGUUGAGUGUAUCAGGAAAUCCAUAUAACGACAUAUUAGAAAAUCACAGACCACUCAAGAAAAACAAACAUGGUUUCAGCCAGUGCAAUAAUUGCAAUGAAAGCAAUGGCAAUAGACCCUAAAAAGAAGCUGUUAUUGGUCAAAGAUUCUACUUGCAUGGGUGGACUAGUAUUGGUUUUAUCAAAUCCAGACCUCUCGGUGGUCACAUUAGCAUUGGAGACACUGCUACUUAUCGCCGAAGAUGAGGCAUCUAGACCAGAGAUGAAAUCAUAUAUUGGCAUGCAAGAACAACUAGAGGCAUUGCUCAAAAGGUGUGAUUGUGACAACAACAUCAAAAUUUUAGCUGAGAGAUUGUUGCUACUGCUGACAGGGAUGCACACUGUAACACAAACUCAUCUCAAGGAUACCAGCAACAUCCCUACUUCAAGGAAACCUAGCUGCCAGAAGACAGUCCAAGAACUGAAUGGUCGAGGCAAUAAGUCGGUUGCUUUGCAGCUUCAUGGAGUGUUUGACCAAGCAGACCGUGACUUGUGCAUGCGACUUCUUCUCAAGGUCAAAGGUGUCAUCAGCAUUACAUUUGACAUGACCAAGAAAAGAUGUCUCCUUCGUGUCAAAUUUGAUGUAAAGCCAGAGUCUCUUGUUCGUGCAAUAGCCAAAUCCAUGACAAUGUCAGCCCGGCAGAUAAUAAAAAAUGAAAAUGGUGAUGAGACGCUUGUAUCAUUUAAUGUGAGUGAGCAUCAAGGAACAGAAUGUGUGAGACACGAGAAAGAAAAUGAAGAUUUGCUACCACCAUAUCUCUCUGAAGAUGAGAAAAAUGAUGCAGAGGAGGAUGCCAAUGCUGUAUCUCGAGGGCUCACUACAGACAGCACUGCCUCUAAAUGGUUUAGUGCUGCUGCAAGUUUUCUGACAAACUCGUUCUUUUGGUGACUGAAGUUUCUGCAUGAAAAGUUAUUUUCUAAAAUGUUACCACUUCACUAUUGUUCUUCCAUUCUGUGGUAUGUCUAAUAAAAUUGGCUCUUUCCAUAACACGCAUUUCAUUAUCACACACCUUUCCUUGGGAUCUGGGAUGACAAAUGUGAAAAUUUAGUUUUAAAAUUCUCUCAUGUGCCUUUAACUCAAUGUGGAUGCUUCAUCCAGACUAUUUGUAGAAUCGGAAUCAACUUAAGCUUAGUUUUAAGUUAUUUGUAAAUGAAACAUAGAAACCUGCAAAUAUUAGCAUAAUUGUGUAUAUUAUAGAUUUUUAUGCUGUAUUUAUUUUGGUUAUUAGAAAAUUUGUCAGAUUCUUCAGGUUUAUGUUGCAUUUAACCUCCAUGAAAAAAAAAAUAAGUAAAGUGAGAGGCUCUAUAGUGUUCUAAGAGUGUCUUUACACUUUCAUAGUUUAAGUUAGUUAUACUAAAGAAAAUUCCGAGACCUAAAAAAAAUCUCCGAGACCUAAACCCCCCCCCCCCCCCCCCGAUUUUUGUACCCUUUUUAGUACAUUUUAAAUAACUGUGUUUCAAAUUUUUUGUUUUACUUAUUUUAUUUUUAACAUAAGGGAAAUGCAAAGUACAGUGGAAAAUCUAUCACUUGUGGUGUUCUAGCCAGUAUUGCACAAAGAUUCAUAAUAACGAAUACAGUAAAACCUUUUCAUUAAGACUUGUAUUGUGAAACCCACACACACACACCUCUUGGAUACAACCUCAACGUAUUUUUCUUUUAUCUCUUUACCUCUUUUCAUUUACCUCUCCAAUGGGAUUUAUGACCCACAAUUUGUGCUCUAGAGUCUAGAACGACCAUUUUGCAAAAGCUGCAUGUUGAAAAACAUUGUUUGAAAUAGAUUGCUUCUGACUGAUUGUUUGUCCUACAUAAAGACUUUCAACAUAAAUAAAAUUAAUUUUUAAAAAGC